CGAACGACAGUGAGAAUGGCGGUUGCUGUGGCGGAUCAAGAUGUUUUCGUUGUUUUUUUUGUUGAAUCUUUGUGUUUUACCUGCUGAAUAACACGGUUGAAAUGCAUCGAAGGAUUGAAUAUAAAAAGAAAAAAAUGUUUCUGGAAGAGAGUCGCAGUCUGAGUCUUUUGAAGAUGAAUAUGGCCAUCAGACUUAAGGCAAAAAAGAGAAUCCUGCAGUAUCGGAUCCAGUGCAGAAGGCGUUGCUCAGUAUGGACACACAUUCGAUCAACAGAUUGGUGGGAAAGAAUUGUUGGGAACUUCACAGACGCCCAGUGGCUUAACACCUUCAGAAUGUCACAAGAAACUUUUGAAUACUUAUUCCAAAGACUGACACCCACACUCCAAAGAUCACAUACAAAAUUCCGCUUGUGCGUCCCUGUGCAUAAAAGAGUAGCUAUUGCUUUGUGGAAGCUUGCAACUAAUUCAGACUACAGAAUUGUAGAGCACCUAUUUGGGGUCAGCAAAGCAACUGUAUGCAGCUGUGUGCAAGAGUUUUGCAUGGCAGUAACCAAAAUAGUCCUACAAGAACACAUGGCAGUUCCCAGUGCAGAGCAAUUUGCAGAAAUGUCUGACUACUUUGGACGAAGAUGGGGAGUGCCUCAAUGUGUUGGUGCAAUUGACGGUUCACAUAUCCCUAUUAUUGCUCCACAACACUACCAUUGCAACUAUUUUAACAGGAAAGGGUGGCAUUCCAUCAUUUUACAAGCAGUGGUAGAUGGCAAGGGACACUUUGGGGACUUGAAUGUAGGUUUCCCAGGCAGUGUUCAUGAUGCAAGAGUACUAAAAAAUUCUACUCUUUGGACAUUAGUAUCCAGCAACCGCCUGUUCCCCAGCAUCACAAGGAACAUAUCUGGAUGUGAUGUGGGCUACUACAUUCUUGGCGAUCCAGCAUACCCUCUCCAGAGGUGGCUGAUGAAACCUUUCUCAGACACUGGCAGGCUAAGUGGGCAGCAGAGGCAGUAUAAUUACAGGGUGAGCAGAGCAAGAUCUGUUGUUGAGAACGCAUUUGGGAGGUUGAAGGGCAGAUGGCGGUGUCUACUGAAAAGAAACGACUGUGACGUUAACUUAGUAAAGAGAAUGGUUUUGACAUGUAGCGUGCUUCACAACAUUUGUGAAAAACAUGGGGAAUACUACAGUGAUGAUUGGGCAGCCACACUGGAAUUAGAACAACCUGUACAUGUGUUACCAGAGAGAGGGGUGAAUGAAGGGGCUGCUGUACGUGAAGCUCUUGUUGAGUAUUUUAGUGCUGACAUGUGCAAUACUGAUUAAAAAGAAAGAUUGGGCUGCCAUCCUGGAAUUAACACAACCUGUACAUGUAUUUUAGGGAUGACAUGUGAAAUACUGAUCUGUAUUUUGUUACCU